GUGAUAGGUACCUGGUAGUGAUGAGAGGGGCACGCCUGCACCUGCCCUUGAGAUCCAUAUGGAUCCAUAUGCCUACCUAUGCCACGGCAAUGCCAUGCACCGCGAGUCGCGACUUCCUUCCUCUCGAACUUGUACCUUCACUAUGCAAUAACUUUUUUUCACCGUCUCUCUUCACAUCGAGGGGACCUUUCAGGACUUCGCGUCUGCAACACCACUCACUCACCCUUCGACAAGGGCAACGUCACUUGGGAAUAGCUUCACAUAUCGACACCGACCCACUCAAUUGACGACAUGACGGCGCCUGCGUCCCCGUUGGCAGACGGAAUACUUUCGGAAGAUCAAUGGUUCGAAGACCUGCCCAAAAUUGGCCCCGAUGACCACUUUAUUGAUGUCGUCCGAGAACUGUCCAUGUAUGUGGGAUCCAAGGAUCUUCUGCUAUCCUGAUUCGGAGGUAAAGUACUAAUGAGCUCUAGCUUCUUCGUCGACGAAAUAACACUUCCUUACACUUUCGAACAAUUCCGCACAACUGGAGCUGGCAACAAGCUUCGAAAUUUGGUGGAUUAUUUGGUCAUCAACACCAAGAACAAAGUCAUCAUUAGUGCCUUGCUGUAUGUAUCCGCCAUGCCCUCCCCCCUCUUUUGUUGUCAUCCAAGCUAAUUCCCCUUCCAGCACUUUGAAAUGGCACUUCUCUACCUUGGAAUCCGAUGACCCCAGAAUCAACACUUCCCGGGCGAAUGCAUGCGAGAUUGUGGCUUGGAGAUUUCUCAGUCGACUUUCUGAACGGGAUGCGGUCGACUAUUGCUUGUACGAAAUACCACCUGUACUCGACUCGCAAUCAACAGUCACCUCGCUUGCAGAUAUUGCAGCUCCUUCGGAACGUACGAGUCUUUUGCCUAGAUUCCAAUCUUCUGGUAGAAACGAUGCGAUCCUCACCAGGCCAGGAAGUAGUAGACGAGGAGAGCUUGAGCAAGCAGUCCAUUCCCUGGGAUCUCUUUCACAAAAUCCAAACGGGAACAAGAAGCGGAGUAGUAAGGAUCCAACGAAAUCUUUCAUCGGUUUGACAGGCCUGGAGAUUGCAGUCGUAUCUGACUCUAAGAAAUUCUUGAGUCAGGCGCUUAUUCAGAAGAUUGUCACUGGAAUCUGGCGAGGAGACAUUCAAUUCUGGGAAAACCUCAACGAGAAUACAGUCAAGAUUCCUCAGUUCUACAGCCGAGCACGUUCGGAUAAAUAUGCGCGCCUGAGAGUACCCAAGUACAUCAAGCUUUUCGAGUUUCUCUUCUUCUCCACUUUCCUGUUUCUCUACUACACCGUGCUUAUGGAGCGAGAUAUGUAUGUCUGAUGAGCGUGAUGCACUUCAAGUUCGGAAUACUAAUGAGAUCCAGGUAUCGCAUCUACCCUUCCGAGAUCUUCUUGUACAUCUGGUUUGCCGCAUUUGCCUAUGACGAGUUCAGCGAGUUUAUAGGAGCUGGAACCAUGGUGUACUCAGUGGACAUUUGGAAUGGUUUUGACACAAUCAUCAUCUUGAUUGGUGCUGCCUUUAUGGUCACCAGUAAGUUUUCCUUGUUGCAUGGAUAGAGCGGGUUUACUGAGACGGACAGGGGCUAUCGGACUCAUCGAUCACGAUGAUGAUACUAUAAACACCGCUUUUGACAUCCUCUCAUUGGAAGCGUUGUUUAUGGUUCCAAGGUAUGUUGGAAAACUCCCAAUUCAAGCGCGCAUGCAGCUAAUACCCAUAGACUUUGCUCACUCCUGAGUCUGCUCCCAUAUUUCGCUACCAUAAUUCCUUGCUUGAAGGCAAUGAUGAAAGACUUCGUCAAAUUCAUGGUGCUUGUUGGAAUCAUUCAAGUCGGCAAGUUGGCAUUCUUAAAUUUCUGGUUACUCUUUCUAACUGACAUAGGGUUUCUUACCACAUUCUCUCUCCUAGCUAGAGAGACCUUCACGAUGCGCGAAAUGAGUUGGACCUUGACCAAAAUCUUCUUUGGCUCAAGCUCCCUGGGCUUCGAUAUCAUGCACCAGAUUGAUCCCCGGUUAGGACCGCCCCUGAUGCUCAUAUACAUUUGUAUGACAAACAUUCUGUUAAUUACUUCACUGGUUUGUGUUAUGCGAGAGAGCUUCUCCAGAAUCUUUGCGAACGCCCGAGAAGAACAUCUCUAUGUCUACUCAGUUUACGUUCUUGAAGCCUCAACCAGCAAUAGUCUUACCCACUUCUACCCGCCGUUGGUAUGUCUACCCAGAUUUUUUGGUGGUAAUUAAAGGCUAAUUUCCCAGUAGAAUCUCGUUCCUUUGUUCUUUAUUCGGCCUCUGCGUCUUUUUCUCCCUGCUCAGUCCCUCCGAAGAGCUCGGAUACUCGUCCUGAAACUCAGUCACCUUCCUAUUGUCUACUUUAUUUGGGUUUUGGAACAUCUCCCAUGGAGAAAAUACAAGUCAGGGGAAGACUUGUUUUCGUCAGAGCUGCCGGAGACAACACGUAUUCUCAUAGAAUCAAUCAAGGCCAAAGAGGCGAAGGCAAAGGCGAACCGAGGCCCGCUUUCAUACUUACAUGACCAGGAUAUUAGUAGAGUUCACUCGGAUAACAUCCAUGGUACUUCGCCUUCGCCUGGUAAAGACAACUCGAGCCCUUUGCUCUCCACCAGAGAUAGAAGCUUCAGAUCCAAGCAGCAUGUCGAGGAUCUCUCACUGGUGAAGGAGCGGGAGAAAGAGUUAGAAGAAAAGGUGGCGGAUUUGAGUGUUCAGAUCGCAAAACUGACAGCAUUGAUAAUGAAAUCGCAAGCGCAGAGCAAGUCCUGAGGUGUCUGAAGCUGUACUUUAGUUGGACUAGGAUGAGCAAAAUGACUUGAUGUAUGGUAGUUGUAUAUUUUGGUUGGAAACCGUUGUCAUUCUGCCGGGUUUUCUUUUGGCAUUUCUUUGGAUUACUGAUUGGGCAUGGGAGGCGAAUUGCGAUCACGGAGUUCAAGUUAAAAUUAGGCAUGUCAGUAGAGGAGUUGAAAUUGAUAUGAUUGUAUGAUGA